UGGUGCUGUCUCGCCGCUUACUGCUUGUGAAAACUGCCUUGCAUUGCAUUUCUCCAGCCGCGCACUAACCAGGCCCUUCGCAGCCGCUACACGGUGGCCCCGAGCCGGGCUCAUUCCCACCACAGACCCGGCAGGUGUGACGGUGGUGGUACACCGGAGAACGGCGGGCAUCAUAACCCCCCCUGGAUGCUGGAUUUAAGGACUGCCCCGUCGGAAGAGCCCAGGAUGUGCUGAAAUCCUAAUCAAAGUGCGACACACACACAAGCCCAUGCACAUCAUAAACGGGCCUGUCUUGCUCUGCAACUUCGCGUUGUGUCCGCCUCUCUGCAGGGGCUCACGGCAGAUCAUCAGAGGUGAGGCUGGGGGGGUUAUUGUCUGGCGGAGGGUGACGCGCACUUCGCAGCAGCGCAGGGCUGUCAGACGAGGAAGUGAGGAUUCACACACGCCCAUUCACAGCCUGUCGACCCUGCUAAAGCCCCAGAGCUGCUCAUCACACUUUAUAAACAUGCGCUCACGGUCUGCGGGACGACACCGGGAAUAAGCUGCAGGACGACGCCGAUCUCAGGGGGAAGAAGGAUGGACCGGGAGCUGCUUCGUCAGAGCCAAUCAGAACACGGAGAGGCCACCAAUGGGACCACGCCCGACACCUCCGCCCCUACAACUCCCACCCCCCCUCGACUCACCCCCAACCCCAUGCUCCUGGACUCUCCUGCACCCACGCUGACGCCCACCACCUCCUCCCCUCCUCCCCCUCUCACCCCUGCUCCCUCCGUCUCAGCGACACACAUCCCGAAGGUUGCGGCGACUACAGCCGGUGCUCCGUCCCCCCACAUCCUCAUCCCUGCUCCCCCUAAGCUCACCUCCACUGCAACCCCCACCCUCCGCACGUACUCUCGCCCGAUCCUUCCCUCCACGACGGGCGCCUCCAACCCCCCCCCCCCCACCACUCAAACCUCCCCUCUCCUCCCUCCGUGCUCUCCUGUUGUAGCCACAAGCUCCUCGCCCCUCCUCUCUUCUUCUUCUGCAACGUACAGCAGCACCGCCAUGUCGACCAAGACCUCCACCAGCCUGACCAACGGGAACACGAGGCCGGUGUCCACGCCGACCUCCACACCCAUCACGCCCUUUCACACACCAGCCAGUCCACCUGGCAGACAGGUAUCACAGGCUCAUCCUGUGGGAACACCUGGUCCUGUGCGAGCUGAUCAGAGCCCCUCCCCUGUGAGGCAGAGGGUCUCCCAGCAGACAUUGCUCCUGGGGAAAGGUCUCAAAGGGUCUAGCCAAGAACAGGUGCUGCUUAGAGCUCAGAUGCUGAUUCUUACGUCUGCUAUGCGACCUGCCCUGUCCUCCUCCUCUUCCUCCUCUUCCUCUCCUCCUUACUCUAACCUUGCCUCCGCUCAGCUCCAGAGUCUCACCCUGAGGCCUCCUCCCUCCGGGGCCCUCACCAUCCCUCCCUCCCUGCGCCUCAAGCCCCCCUGCUCCGCCCCGCCCCCCCUCUCUCGCCCUCACGCCCCCCUCUUCCCGCCUCUCAGGCCGCGACCGCAGCUCUGCACCACGGCAACGGAGAGCCCCAACACGCCGAGCCGCCACCUCUCCGUCCCGCCUCCAACUCUUUACUCUCCGGUCCGAGCCGUCCCUCUGAGACCCAGACUACACUCUCCAAACGGUCACAGAGCGCCGUCGCCGCGUCAAAUCUCAACCCUCCAACCGAUCGCUGCUGCCCCCGCCUGCAGGCCGCCGGCCGGACUAAAGAACUGUCUGUUAACUCGAACUCUGCUCGGGCCCGGCCAAUCCCAGCUCAGCUCGUUAUCUGGGACCAACUCCAUGUCUGCGUCCUCUCAUUUCGAGCGCACGCCGUCCGCGGCGAGGCAGCUACAGAUCAUCGCCCUCUCUUCGGGCCGCCAGACGCAACCUUGCACGUACGUCCACGCUGUGUCAGCGCCUCCCAUUGUAGAGCCUGAGCUGUGCAGCCAAUCAAAGAGGACGUUGAGCGGUGAGGACGUGCUUCCUCUUCCUCGUCCUCUAAAUCCCUCGUUGCCAAAAAACACCUCUCCCCUGCCCUCGCCGCCGUCUCUCCUGAGUCCGGCGUCCCCUCCCAGUCAGGCCGCUCCUCAAACACACACUCUGAGCCGGAGAGGAGCGGCGAGGGAGAGCGAAGAGCAGCGAGACAGAGGACGAGGACGAGACCUGAGGCUGGAGAGAGGGAAAGAGAAACAGAGGCUUCCACCUGAGAGGGAAGGAAGCAGUCAGAAGGAACAGGAAGUGGAAACGGGCAGAGAGGAAGAACAGAUGGAAGUGACAGAGGAAGGCCGGAGCGACGGACACAGGGCAGAGAGAGGCGAGGUGAGAAGCACAGAGGAGCACGGAGAGACCGCCAUGGACCAGUCUGAGAGUCCGCUCCAUCAGAACCAGUCUGAGAGUCUUCUCCAUCAGAACCAGUCUGAGAGUCCACUUCUCCAUCAGAACCAGUCUGAGAGUCUUCUCCAUCAGAACCAGUCUGAGAGUCCACUUCUCCAUCAGAACCAGUCUGAGAGUCUUCUCCAUCAGAACCAGUCUGAGAGUCCACUUCUCCAUCAGAACCAGUCUGAGAGUCUUCUCCAUCAGAACCAGUCUGAGAGUCCACUUCUCCAUCAGAACCAGUCUGAGAGUCCACUUCUUCAUCAGAACCAGUCUGAGAGUCUUCUCCAUCAGAACCAGAGCUCAGACCCGGUCAAAGAACCCAAACCCGUCAUUCCAGCUCCAGAGCUCUCAGUCCAGAGUCAGAGGGACCUGCAGCCGGGCAGCCAGGAGGACUUCUGUGAGAACAUGUCCACCCAGUCUGACAACCAGUCAGCGUUGUCCAGCCUCUCCUCCCAGUCUCCCCCCUCCUCGCCCUUCAUCACCCCCUCGACAGAACACCCUCCCCCCCUCCUCCCGCCUCAGACCGCCCUCAGCCUAUCGCAGCACGAGACGGAGAAAGUCGACAAAACGGUCGGCGAGUCGCAGCAGACGGAGAAGGAGCCUCUCGGCCAAUCGGGAGAAGAGUCGGAGAGCUUCGGCCAAUCGCUGUUGAGCCCCUGGGAGCCGGGGGCGUGGCCUGAGGGGCGGCAGGUUCUGACGCACCUGGUGGAGGGAUUCGUCAUCCAGGAGGGGCUACAACCGUUUCCGGUGAACCGCUCGUCCCUGCUGGUUCCUGCGCAGGUGACCAAACCCGAGGAGGAGAACGGGACCAAUGGGAGCGCGGCGCUGCCUGUGACGGACACAUUGAAACCAGCUGAGCCCUCCACAGAGUCCGAGGGGGAGGGGGGUGGGGACACAGACGACCCCGCCAACAGGCCGGCCCACAGGGACAGGACCGUGCUGCACUGCCAGUUCUGCGGGAAGCGAGGCCACGCACACAACUUCAUGCGGUCCAAACGCUUCUGCUCCACUUCCUGUGCACGCGGGUUUAACGUACGUCUGACAAAGCGUCUGCGGGCGCUGAGCGCAGGGAGCCGGUCAGAGAGGCCGAGACCAGCUCUGAACAGGGCGGAGUCCGUUCCUGGGAAGCCUCUUUUACUGCGACUGACUCGUGAUCUCUGGAGCGCCGGGCGGCGUGAGACGGAGGGGAAGGAGAAGGCGGCAGAAGAAGAGGAGGAGGAGGAGGAGGAGGAGGACAUGGAGGGAGGAGGGGAGGAGGAAGACGAUGACGGCGGGGAGGAGGAUCCUGCUGUUGCCAUGACAGCCAGGAUGGAGCGCCGUGCAGCGCGGAGAGCGAGGAGGGCGUCGGCCCCGGCGCUGACCACCUCCACGCCCACGUUCAAACUCGCCCCCUCCCAGUGGAGUGUGGAGGACGUCACCGCCUUCAUCCACACGCUGCCAGGCUGCGGCGACGUGGCCGAGGCUUUCCGCCUGCAGGAGAUCGACGGCCAGGCGCUGCUGCUGCUGACCGAGGACCAUCUGAUGACCAGCAUGAACAUCAAGCUGGGGCCGGCGCUCAAAAUCUGCGCUCACAUCAACGCUCUGAAGAACCAAUGAGAGAGAAGGACGAGCGACGCAGAGAGAGAGAACGUUGGGAUGUGAACACAGAGAAAUGGAGGAAGUCAAAGCAGAAGGAGAGUUUUUAUGAAAAACAAAAGCUGACACCAAGGAUGACAGAACAAAGUCACAAAAAGAGAUUCACGGUAAUUUAUGAGAUUAUAAAUGGAGGUGUGGCCUUAGGAGACGGAACAGAAGACGAGUCCAGAAGGAAUUUAAUCCGUUUUGAGACUGUAGCAGGAGACCGGGAGGAUUUUUGUAACUUUGUGUACAUUUUGCAGCCGCUGGAGUGUAAAUUUGAAGGAUUUUGAACAUUUAAUAUAUAAAAUUUGUCUAUUUAGUUUUUUUAGAACGUGACGUCAACGACAAAUCUAUCCAGUAGCUAACAUAACCGGUGUGUGUAAAAAAAAAAAAUAAUAAUAAUAAUAAGUAGACUUUGUAAGUGAUUAAUGAAAGUUUAAUGUUUUAUAUCACUAUAUUCUGGACAAAAACAUGUCUGUGAAUUUAAAAAAAGUCACUAUCAGGGUAGAGACUGGUGUCUUUAAUCGUCACAUUUUUAUGGUAUCAUGCCUGAAAUUAUUUAAUAAAUGAAUAAUUAAUCAAAA